ACGGAAUGAUACGAGGAUGCGUUGCGGAUGAUACAUAGAAUUCAGUUGAAUUGAUGAUACAUCAAGCCGCAUCCCGACGAUCGAGGAAGCACGCUGCCAAUCGCGUUUCCGUAAUAAGUAAAAACGAAAUUGCUGAACGAGCUGCGAGCAGUAUGGUCAAAAGUAGAAACCAAGAGAGGGUAAGCGAUUCAAGGAAUACGGCAGUGGCCGUUUGCGAACGGUGGACGAGAACGAACGGAGGCGAACGAUCUCAAGCGAAUACGCGGGUCGCGUGGAGGCAGAGCUAAGCGGUUUAAAAAUUCGCUGGAGUAUGCGUGAUUUGUCACUCGAUCGGCGAUCGGUUUGAAUCGGUCAGCGGCGCUCAGCGGGGACGGCGACGGUACGAAGAGGAGUGAGCCGAGUAUCGGAGCAUAGGCGCGCGACCGAGCAGUUUCGUUGUCGCGCUUCAUCCAGCGAGAGCGAUUCCCAAUACUUCUCGACGGAGCGAGAAACGUACAGCAACGUGCGUGGCCUUGUCAACGCUGUCGCGGCACUCGCGGCUCGGCUCGCGGUUCGCAGCCAGUGUAGAACGAGAAUUUUUAGUGUAUCUACUUAGGAACUGCGUUAAACGUUCGAGCGCGCAAACCGCGAAUCAAUUGUUUUUUAAUUGACCUCAGAAGAGAGUAGAGGCUGCUCUCCGGAAUUCGCGAUUCGGUUAUCGACACCUAUCAGCCGUCAUUCGCUGUCAUCGAGAGUUUCUACUGCCAAGAGGGCACGAACUCGCGAUAAUCUACCGCCAAAUCGCGUGGUUCUACCGUGGCCAGACGUCGAUAACGUCCGAUAACGGGCGGGUCGCGUUUCCCUGCUCGUUAUCGCUGGCUCACCGAAACGCAUUCUUGAUUAUGCGUUGGAAUUCCGCGAUCGCGCUGAAACGUCAGCGUCGAGCAAAAGGAACUCGAUGUGCGUUCGGACAGGUUUCGAUGAACGUAUAACUUAACGGCGAUCGAAGAAAGGAUGAACAUCUCGCCAGUAGCCAAUACGAGUUUCCUCCACGGGGACCGGAAAACGUCCCCGGCAUCGGAGAAAAUUGUUUAUGCGACUCUCGACAGUCUGGCCUUGAAGGGAACGACGUUACCUUUGCAAUUGUACGAUAACAACGUCAAGGCGGAAGGAACGGAUGAGUCGAAGAUAUCGGGUUGCAAGGUAAACACGGCGCGGCUUUCGUCGAGGAAUCGCGGAAAAUACCUGCUGGCCGUCCCACCGUCGAAAUCGAAAACUGAGACAGACACGAGAACGAGGCCCGAGCUUAAUCCGCAGCCAGAGUCGAACUCGAUUUCGCGGGAAACCAACGAGGAUUCUGAUAUCGAUGGACAAGAUCAAAAGCGGAGCAUUGUUUGCUCGCGUGUAUACCACUGCACCGAUAACAGUGAUAUCGAUGUCAAUUUCACGGAAAUCGAAGUUAAAAUGGAUAUCGAAGAUACGCGCGAGACUGCGAUUCGCUCUCCAGAUAUCGAAUGCAGUUUUAACAACGUCGACGUCGGGAGAGAACCGAUCGUUCUCGUCGGUUCGUCGGAAAAUUUUCACGAGGAAACACCUUCGUCCGAUUACGAAAUAGUCGAUUCGAACUUUUUCCAUAGAGAAUCGGGCGAAGAUUGGAACCGAGAUAUUUUCGUGAAGUCUAAGUCUACCAAUGAUCUGGUGAGUAAAAAUUAUUCAUCCGAUUUGAGGAUCAAUGGUCGAGUAUCUCGAUUAGUGGAAACGCAUUCGGAAGAGAAAUUGACGGAAAGAUCGAUCUUUGGUAAGAAGUAUACCAGCUGUGCGAUAAAGAAAAAGCAUUUCGCCAAGAACAUGUUCCGUUUGAUGCCGGAGUAUCUCGGGUACAAGAAAACCGAUGUCCCCAUUGAAUCUCCGAGCUCCUCGAGAACGUUAUCUGGAUUAGAUAUGAAAAUGAAUUCAAAGAAUCAGCGUAGAUCGAAGAAGAAUCAUUUCCGAGAGAAUUUCAGUUGCUCGGACAUCUCGUCACCGACGAACUUUGUUCACGUAGCAUCCGCCACGAAUCCGUCCCUGGUUUCGAACGAAAACGCGGUCAGGUUUAGUAAUUUGGAGCAGAUCGUGAUCAUGCACGAGCAAAAGUGUGCCACAUUGCCUCUUCUCGUUGCGCACGAUCGACGCGAUGCCGAUCGUGGGAAUUCGGUGGAAAAUCAAACGCAGCGACCGACGAUCGAAGGAACGGCGACGAGCUCUCAUGACUUCGACGCUGACGGUUCUAAAGACAAGUGUAAACGCGACGCGUUAGACAUCGCGAACUUGAAACGCGAGUUGUUAUCUGAAUUGCAAGGAAAAGUAUUGGAAACGGGCCAGCGACAGGUGAAAACAAACGAACGCGAACAAGAGGAGAAUGCGCGCGAAAGGAAAACGUGCGUAUCGUCGUCGCGUGCCGAGGCACCUGUCAAUUUUAGCUUUCUGUGGAGCGUUCGAAACAAGAAUUUAUCUCCGGAUAGCUCACGAUCUACACCGAACGAGAACGUCGACGCUAUCGACGAGGGCGACGAGCAGUACGAUGAUGUGGGGCCCUUGCAUUUGAUAUCAGUUCCGGAAGACGAUUACGACGACGUAAGCAGUCCGCUCAUCAACGAACCUUGCGACGAUCUCCAAGACGAUAUCUACGACGACGUGGUCCCGAAAAAUACAGGAAACGCGUCCGCGGGCGAAAGAAGAGCUGUCGAUUACCGCGACGACGACGACGACUUCUCGGUGGCCAACGAAUAUUCGAGUGUCGACGAGGACGGCGAUUGUACUGAUAACGAUCCUGAUGUGUACGAUGACGUCGGUCUACCGAGCAAGGAACGAGUGAACAGUCUGUACGCUGCCGGCUCUUCUCUCUAUGCGGGUUUGAGUUACGGACCAAGCUUGGUGAACACAGACAAAGAGUCCGAGUGGGAAGAUCUGGAGGAGAUCGGUGAAUCCAGUUCCUCGAAGAAGACCAAUUCGUCGACAGAGACUCAAGUCGUUUCGAGUAGAAGAAGAACUGCGCAAAGAUGGUGUCGUAAAACAAAACGACAACGAUCCAGGAGAGUCUCCAAGAAGUGUCCGACGCUGUCAUCGAGGUCAGCGGUGGUUCCACGAAAAACCACGUUCGACGUGGCCGUAAGCCUUGGAAGCGGAUCGAUACUGCUGGUCGGUUACACGGAGAAGAUCGAAGAAUGGAAGAAGGAGAGACGCGAAGACGCAACAACGCGAGAAAAUUCACCGAGAACGCAGGGUCUCGUCCAGAUGAGGGUCAUCGACCUGGACGAGGACGUGGACACGCAGGAGAUGUCGUGCUACGUUCACGAAGGUCCUUACAACGCAUCCGAUGACAGCACGUACGAGAGUCUGCAUUCCUUCCAGCCGGAUGACUUUAGCACGGACUCGGAAACGGAGAAGAUCGACGAUGAGAUAUCGCCCGAUCAAGAAAGGGAGAAGAAUAGCGGGGAGAAAAUCGAGCGAAACGCAUCGAACGAUUCGACGAUCUCGCCGUACCUGGAAGCACCUACGAAACCGAAUCCUCCUCCACCGCGAGAAAUCAGCCUGAGUCGUACGCUCGGUAGACAGAUAAAGAUGCUCCGAAGAACUUGGAGCAUCACGAAAGGUAGUUUGGGCCGAAUGAGAAUGAGGAAGACCUCCGGCGAAAGAGCCGUAUCCGAGCCUAUUUCGACUUUUUAUCUAAACGGUUACAUAGAACGGAACAACGGUGACGACAUUGCGACCGCGACGACGAGGAAGAGUUAUACUGGAUCGAGCAACGAACCUAUGUACGGCAACACCAGUGAGCAACUAGAUCGCUACAGUGUACUCGCCGACCAGGAACCGCUGUAUCAGUUUUACGCAGCUGCCGCGGCCAGAGUGGCAUUUGACUCGAGCUCGGAAUGCUACGACGAUGUCGAAGACACAAUCCCAUCGCGAUCUACCAAGGACUUGGCAACAGGACCAGGACACAGAACAUUGUGGUGCCAGACGCCGCGAGUCAUAAACGAUGGUCUUUUACAACGAUUGACCGCGGAAGAGAAAAAAAUGCAGGAGGCCAAGUUCGAGAUUCUGACUUCCGAAGCGUCUUAUCUGAACUCGCUUCGCGUGUUGAAUAACGAAUUCCUUAACGAACCAUCCCUCGACGAGGUUUUAACUCCUAACGAGAAAGACAGAUUGUUCGCCGGUAUCCCUGCGAUAUUGCAGGCAUCGGAACAGUUUUUAGCGGAACUGGAAGUCGCCUGGAGUCACGAUCCUAUGUUGCACGCCCUACCGGACGUCCUGCUCAAACAAGCAGAUAAAUUUUUUGAUAUCUACGUAGCUUACUGUACGAAUCAAGUGAACAUAGAUACGACUCUGAAAGACUUAAGAACGCGAAAGGGAUCAAGAUUUAUAGAGAUCAUCUCACAGAUAGAGUCGCGUCCAGCUUGUCAAAGCUUAUCCCUGCACUCGUUUCUAAUGCUACCGAUGCAACGAAUAACAAGACUUCCUUUACUGGCUGACGCGGUUCUCUCGAAGCUCUCACCGGAACGCGAGGACAGAUCGGAUUGGGAAAAGGUUUUGUCGACCUUAAACUACAUCGUUGUCGAAUGCAACGAAAGCGCUCGCGUGGCUGUAAAGGCGAUCGAAAUCGAGAACUUGGCUCGAAAACUGGAGUAUUCUGCGAAGAUCAAACCGAUCCCGUUGGAAGGAAAACAACUGGUUAAAAGCGGACGACUCGUUCGAUUAUCGACGAAAAACGAAAAACCGGAGUACAAGCUUACGUUUCGAAAACGAUUCGCCAAAACACCUCUAUAUCUGUUGUUACUCACAGAUUACCUUCUAGUCGCAAAAUACAAGUCCAAUACUCAGGACGAAACCUAUAACGUGAUAGAUGCUUGCAAGAGAAGCCUGAUCGCCUUGGAAUCAGUUCCGGAAGAUUCGCCGUUUGCUGGCCGCAAUGCGAUGCUAUUGACUCUCUUGGAGAAUUACUCCGGACAUCAGGUCGAGUAUGUUUUAACGUGCGAUAGUGACACGGAAAGACAAAGAUGGUUGGACGCUGUCGCACCCACGAAACGAGGAUUGAUCGGAGAGACUUUGUACGAGGCGUGGGACUGUCCUCAAGUGGUCGCUUUGUAUUCCUAUUCUCCGAAUCAACCAGACGAAUUAUCGUUGCAGCCAGGGGAUGUUAUAAACGUGUUCAGGAAGAUGUCGGAUGGUUGGUAUCAGGGUGGAAAAUUGUUGAACGGUGAGCAAGGCUGGUUUCCCGGGAAUUAUACGAAAGAAGUCGCUUCGGAACAUGUUCGCGCGAAAAAUCUUAAACAGAGACACCGCUUUCUUGCGAUAGGUGGGAACGUUUUGCAACCGAAAACGAAACAACAACGAUGAAUCGAGUAAUUCGUUACACCUAAACGAAGACGCGGAAGAUUGAACGACGAAUUCUCGCUUCAAUUCUUAAAUAAAACCACGCUUAUCUAUUUUUACUUGACUAUACGUAGCAUUCCCGAAUCUAAUCGGACUGACAUUGAUAAUAUAACAAAAGUACGUAAUGA